GAUUUCUCAGUACCUGGGGGGAAUAAAUAAAGCCACCCAGGCCACUCCUAGUGGACUCACUCUCUAAGAAUGUCCCCUUUGAGCUACUGUGUCAUUGGCUGCCUACGCCCACCGAAUUCCUCGGGAUUGGCUGCCACUGCAAAUGGGAUUCUGUUUGCCUAUAAUCAAGUUGAUAAACUCCAGAGUGAGCCUACCAGGCUCCCCUCCAGGAGGAACUCCCUCUCAUAAACAUUUUCAUAGGAGACCAAGGAAGGACUCUUUGCCGCCUGAAGACCAAGGCCCUGGGAGAAGACAGAGUCUAAGGAAAAUGGGUCAGCUGAGCUCUAAGAACCGGAACGCCCAGCAAGUCCACGUUCUUCUCCUGGGCCUCGACUCGGCGGGGAAGUCCACUCUCCUUUACAAACUCAAGCAUGCCAAGGAUUUCACCACCAUCCCCACCAUCGGUUUCAACGUGGAGAUGGUGGAGGUGGAGAGCGGCCCAGCACUCACGGUCUGGGACAUCGGGGGACAGGAGAAGAUGAGGCCCACCUGGAGCCUGCACUGCGAGGACGCCGAUGGCCUGGUGUACGUGGUGGACAGCACCGACCAGCGGAGACUGCAAGACUCCCGGGAGGAGUUCAAGCACAUUCUGAAGAACGAGCACAUCAGACACGUGCCCGUGGUCAUCCUGGCCAACAAGCAGGACGUGCCUGGGGCCCUGAGCGCCGAGGAUGUCACCCGGGGGCUGCAGGUGCCCAAGCUGUGCAGCAGCCGCAGCUGGUACGUGCAGCCCUGCUGUGCUCUCAGCGGCGAGGGCCUGGCCGAAGCCUUCCACAGGCUGGCCACCUUCCUCCAGGGCCGCCGGAAGGCCAGGGACACGCUGGCCCUCUUCAAGCAGAAGUGAGGCUGGCCUGGGACCUGAAGCCUGAGCCUCCCUUCCCUCCGCCCUGCGUGGCCAAGGAGCCGGCAGGCC